AUGUCGGUGAUACAACCGGAAGUACUGGCAGCAAGGAUCAACGCUAUCCUCGCAGAAGCGCCCACGACUCUCAAGCGUAGAUUCACCAACGACGAGCCGAACCCUCCUAAACGUUCGUGUAUAACUCUAGAGAGCAACGACUUCACGCCCACUGCCCCGACGAAGCCGCCACCCGUUCGCUUGAUGGGCUGCCCAGGUGGUACAAGCAUAUGUACAGUGAAACAGACUUCAGCAUGGAGGAAUAAAGCCGAAUAUAUAAGACAUCUGCUGUCCACCCACCUUCAAGAUUACAAAGUGGGUGACACCUUGAAGUGUCUGCUUUGCAAGGAGACGGACUCUGCCGAUGAGGAAUACCCAGUACAAGGAUCAAUGCUUGGGGAACACAUAUGGGAAGCCCAUAUGACCGUACGGAAGAGAUCGAAGCGGGCUCAGAGCACUGCAGUAGCAAUGCAAGACGAGCCGGAGAGCCUUCAGGCACUCGAAUAG